AGAAGAGGCACAGAAGUGCUGGUCCUUUAACACAGGUUAUAAGCAGUCUCCUGCCUACAACAUCAGGUUGAUAUAACAGAGCUGCCCAACCAUCAAAUUGUGAUAAGACCUUUUUUUUUGCUUUUUUGUUUUUUUUUUUGUUUAAAACAGGUCCUUAUGGCCCUGGCUCUGAUAGACCUAGCACAGAACACACAAAAAAAUGAAAGAAAAAAAAAAAUAUCAUCUCAAAUGACACAAAAUUGACUGGAUGUGGCAGGUAGACUUCUCCGACAGGGGGGAGUAUGUUCUGCGGCGGAACUGCUGCCAAAGAAAAAGAGGCAAAAAAAAUAAAAAGAGGAUUCCCUCAUUGCACACUAAAAUAAGGAACUCCUGCGACAAUGUCAAGGCACAAGGUAAACAGCAUUCCAGGCGGCACAACCCUCUUCAUAACAAAAAGUUCAAAGGAAAAAAGUUAAGAACGCCCCUGGGUGUAACCAAUUACAUUCUGACUCUUCCUAUCGAAAUCAAAAUUUAACCGCCUAUAAAAUCGGCAACCUGAGCCCUCCUCAGGAGCCUAAUUCACGGGCAUUCCAAUCUCAACAGCCUGGCGGCUGCCUCGAUUAUGCACUGCCCAACCAAAAACCAAUCACCUAGUCUAGCAGGUGCACUUUCAGAAAAGAAGUUUCAAAUUUCGUAAACCAGAGGAUUCUUCAAAACUUCCCAAAUAAAAUUUGGGAGCCCAACACUGCUGUAUCUGAGCUGAUCACCACAAUCUAGCACCGGGCUCCAUGUCUUCCCCAUUACCACCGAGACCCCAUUAGCACCAAGACUGUGUCUAAAUUAGCCUGGACUCCACACUUGUUUGCAGUGCUGCUCCAGCAGCCCCUCUGUGCUGUGGACCCAAAAAGACAGAUUGGAAUGCCUGACAUUUUUCAGCCGUAUGAAUGAAUAUAUGGGUGAGCCAAACACAUACGUUUAUUUUUUUUUAUUUUUAUUUUUUUGUGAGACGAUGCUCCAAUCUAUUCCUGGGGAGCAACACAGCUGGGAACCGGGCCCAGCGUCCCUUACCAGAAUACAAAAAUGAACUACCAGGGCCAUUACCCGGCUUCGGCUAAGAACAAUUAAAGAAAAAGGAAAACUCAGAAACAUUCAGAAAACGUGCGUCAACAAGCUCCCAACCACGAAUCAGAUAGGUGAAACCUAAUCAAUCCACCUUCGACCACCACCAGCAUGGCUGUUUUCAGCAAGAACUGAAGCUCUUCCAGGCCGCAUGCUCCCAUCAAUGCAUACCAGUCAAAUCUGUUUCCGUACUGGGCGGCCAACCGCACAUUUCAUUUAUAAUCCCUCAACCGCCAUCCCUAACAGGAAGGAACAAUGAGGUAGCAGGUACCUUCUCAGUGAGGCAUACACACAUGCUUGCUUCUCCUACAUCGAAGCACGGAAACCUCAAAGCGGACCUUCGACUAUAUCUCUCAACCGGCAUCCCCACCAGGAAGGAACGACGAGGUCACAAACACCUUCUCAGCUCAGCAUAUACACACAUGCUUUGCUUGUCCUACAUCGUAGCAUGGAAACCUCCAAGCGGAAAAGGGUCACGAGCACCUCCUCAGCUCAGCACAUACACAAGUGCUUUGCUUGUCCUACGUUGUAGCAUAGAAACCUCAAAGCGGGACUUCUGCCCGUUUGGCGAUAUCCAUGAUGUCAGAGUGUAUCUGAUCUCCUCCAAGAUCUUCCCCCGAGCUUCCAGUAGCAAUUCGAAUAACAUCUUCAAGGAGAAGGAAAUUGCCCAUCACGUCGACAUGGUCUCCCGACAGGUGUCCGCGUCCCUCCAGAAGUGAUCCUGGCGGAACGUGCUUGUACUCACGAGUAUAGACGGGAACUCCAGCUGGAUUGAAUUGUGUCUUACCACGCCAAGCCCUAGCACAAGGUCAACACACACAUUUUCAGUCAGCAGACUGUAGUUACACAAGAUACAACACAUGAGGAGGUGCUCACAACUAUAGGCAGAACAUGAAUCAUCAGAUCUAAGCAAAAUUGCCGCAGAUCUAAAACAAAUUGUCAUGGAUCUA